UCAGACACAGCUAGUAGGAGAGACUAAAACUCCACAGAGCAACUGAAGUUUCCCUGUUCAGUUGAAGAUUGCUAUGGUGUAACUGAAGUUGUAUUUCUUCCCCCACCUCCCCACUCCCUUUCUUGUGCCGUUGAGAGCAGUAGUGUAGAUUUGAUAGAAAUUGCCAUUCUCCCUUUCCUUGGACUGUCUGAACCUGUAGAGGAUACCACAGCAAUGCUGGACUGCAGUGACUACGUUCUAGACUCAAGAAUGAACAAUCCGUCAGAAACCAGUAAACCAUCGAUGGAGAGUGGAGAUGGGAACACAGGCACGCAAACAAAUGGCCUGGACUUUCAAAAGCAGCCUGUGCCUGUCGGAGGAGCAAUCUCUACAGCCCAGGCCCAGGCCUUCCUUGGGCACCUUCAUCAGGUCCAGCUCGCUGGAACAAGUUUACAGGCUGCUGCUCAGUCCUUAAAUGUACAGUCUAAAUCUAAUGAAGAAUCUGGGGACUCUCAGCAGCCAAGCCAGCCUUCCCAGCAGCCUUCAGUGCAGGCGGCCAUACCCCAAACCCAGCUCAUGCUGGCCGGAGGACAGAUCACCGGGCUCACGUUGACGCCAGCCCAGCAACAGUUAUUGCUACAACAGGCGCAGGCACAGUUGCUGGCAGCUGCAGUGCAGCAUUCAGCCAGUCAGCAGCACAGCGCUGCUGGUGCCACCAUCUCGGCCUCUGCUGCAACGCCGAUGACGCAGAUCCCUCUAUCUCAGCCAAUACAGAUUGCACAGGAUUUGCAGCACUUGCAGCAGCUUCAGCAGCAGAAUCUCAACCUGCAACAGUUUGUGUUGGUGCAUCCAACAACCAACUUGCAGCCAGCACAGUUCAUCAUCUCACAAACACCGCAGGGGCAGCAGGGUCUCCUGCAAGCGCAGAAUCUCUUAACGCAACUACCUCAGCAAAGCCAAGCCAACCUCCUGCAGUCUCAGCCAAGCAUCACCCUUGCCUCGCAGCCAGCAACCCCAACACGCACAAUAGCAGCGACCCCCAUUCAGCCACUUCCACAGAGCCAGUCAACACCAAAGCGAAUUGACACUCCCAGCUUGGAGGAGCCCAGUGACCUUGAGGAGCUUGAGCAGUUUGCCAAGACUUUCAAACAAAGACGGAUCAAACUUGGAUUCACUCAGGGUGAUGUUGGGCUCGCUAUGGGCAAACUCUAUGGAAAUGACUUCAGCCAAACUACCAUCUCUCGCUUUGAAGCCUUGAACCUCAGCUUUAAGAACAUGUGCAAGUUAAAGCCACUUCUGGAAAAGUGGCUCAAUGAUGCAGAAAACCUCUCAUCUGAUUCAACACUCUCCAGCCCAAGUGCCCUGAAUUCUCCAGGGCUGGGGGGCGAAGGCUUGAACCGUAGGAGGAAGAAACGCACCAGCAUAGAGACCAACAUACGUGUGGCCUUAGAGAAGAGUUUCCUGGAGAACCAAAAGCCUACCUCGGAGGAGAUCACCAUGAUAGCCGACCAGCUAAACAUGGAGAAGGAGGUGAUCCGCGUUUGGUUCUGUAACCGGCGCCAGAAGGAGAAAAGGAUCAACCCACCCAGCAGUGGUGGAACCAGCAGCUCGCCCAUCAAAGCAAUUUUCCCUUGCCCAACCUCACUGGUGGCAACCACGCCAAGCCUUGUGACUAGCAGUGCAGCUACUACCCUGACUGUCAAUCCUGUGCUCCCUCUGACCAGUCCUGCUGUAACUAGUCUGUCAGUCACAGGCACAACAGAAACCAACUCCAACAACACAGCAACAGUGAUUUCAACAGCACCUCCAGCUUCUUCAGCAGUGACAUCACCCUCCAUGAGUCCUUCCCCGUCUGCCUCAGCCUCCACUUCAGAGGCAUCCAGUGCCAGUGAGACCAGCACAACACAGACAACCUCCGCUCCCUUGUCCUCCCCUCUUGGGACCAGCCAGGUGAUGGUAACGGCAUCAGGGUUGCAAACAGCGGCAGCAGCCGCAUUACAAGGAGCUGCACAGUUGCCUGCAAAUGCAAGUCUCGCUGCCAUGGCUGCUGCAGCAGGACUAAACCCAGGCUUGAUGGCAUCCUCGCAGUUUGCAGCUGGAGGUGCCUUACUCAGUCUCAAUCCAGGGACAUUAGGUGGUGCUCUCAGCCCAGCCCUGAUGAGCAACAGUACACUGGCAACUAUUCAAGCUCUUGCAUCUGGUGGCUCUCUUCCAAUAACAUCACUGGAUGCAACUGGAAACUUGGUGUUUGCCAAUGCUGGAGGUACUCCUAACAUCGUAACUGCCCCCCUGUUCCUGAACCCUCAGAACCUUUCUCUGCUCACCAGCAACCCGGUUAGCUUGGUCUCUGCAGCUGCAGCCUCCGCAGGGGCCUCUGGACCAGUCGCCAGCCUUCACGCCACCUCCACCUCAGCCGAGUCCAUCCAGAACUCUCUCCUCACGGUGGCCUCUGCGAGUGGGGCCACGUCCACCACCACUACUGCCUCCAAGGCACAGUGAGCCAGGCUGAGCUGUGCUGCCAGCAGCCUGCUUCACUGUGCGGUGGGAUUGGCUGCCAGCGGGGUUUAUAAACUGAAAAAUGUGAUGGGCAUCCUCUCGCCGUGUUGCUGGGGACAAGGGAGAGAAGGAAAAAGAUAAAAACAAAAGCAAAACAGGAAGGAUUUAAAGCUGGGACAGACAUUUGCCUAAUUUUAUAAUAAACACUGUCUUUUCAGGAUCGCUUCAUGGAUCGGAGAACUUUCUAACCAAAAAUGUAAAAAAAACAAAAAACAAAAAAACACAAAAAAAUGAAAAAAAAAAACACAAAAAAAGUGAAAGGACUACUUAUCAUUUCCAGCAGUCACAAUGACAAGUUAAGGUGGGUUAUCAAUUCAAACAUAGGAAGGGGAUUUCUUGUUUCUUUUUGGUCUAAAUAUCUUUCUUUUUUAAUUAUCAUUUUAUUGGUCUGUUGUACAGGCCAUUAUGUCAUACAAGGUGUUUAUAAUCGUAUCAAUCGUGUUGGGGGUUCCUUUCUUAACUGGUACAAUUUAGGCAGGCCUGUAUUACUGGUGUAUCUCUAUUAUUAUUAUGAUUAUUAUUAUUAUUAUUAUUUUUAUAUAUAUAGUUUGGACGCGUUUGUCUUCUGCUCCUGGAUUAUUUUCAGCGAGCUCCCACACUGGGGGGGAGGGCGGGAGGGUGGAGAGGAAGAAUGGAGCACAAAUAGACUUUGUCCUAAUCUUCUGGGAAUGUUCUGAACAGUUUCCUCAUCCUUGAAUUUGUCUAAUGGCUACUUAAAGGGGUCAGAAGAGUUAAUUUCCAUCACCUGUGCAGGAAGCUCAGUGUAGCCAUAGAGAUCAUGGUGUGCAAACUUCCAGGCUGGUCUAUGCUUUUUAGCAGAGGUAGGAAUUAGUUCUGAACUGCAGUUCUCCUUCUCUCGAUUACCUAGACGAAAUGGCCAAAUUUUGCUCUUAGCUUGGUGUGCAUGUUUCCUCUUUCCUUAGGAGAGUGGGAUUUGACCUCCUGAGUCUAGAUUGUGUGGCAUACUGAUGGCUCUUUUGUUCUGUUGAAUUGAUUUUGCUGUUAAGAACACACACAAAUAUUUAAAAAUGUGGAGUUGCUCAAGCUAAUUGUCAGUACAUAGAGCAGCAUUUACAGUCCUAGAUUUCUGACAGACGAAUUGGUGCAGGAUUUCUAAAUGUCAGACUCUCACUAAAAAUAGCAGUAUUCCUCUCCAUUUACUUCUAAUGUUUCCAACGUUGCAUUUAGGAGAAAUUUCUAGUAAAAAGUGCUUCUGCCUGCAAAAGACGGCAGCAGAAACCAUGGGAACAGAAGCUGCCAUCUUUGAUGCCAACACAGUAGAGUUGACUCUGGGGCUUUGCACAUACCUUGGUGAUCUCAUGGAGUCUCUGAGCUGUGAUGCUGUGAGCUACAUAAACACCGCAAUAAGCAUCUCUGACCGGAGCGUCAGGACUUACCUGCCACCAUAACCAUCUUUUCGAGGUUGAUUCUGCUCCAUGUAGCAAAAAAUAUCUACGUGGAUGAGGAAGAACAACAAACUGUACAGAAGUUAGAUCUGUAUAUUCUUAAAUAUACAAUCUAGUAUCUUAACCAAAAAAAAAAAAAGAAUAAUUUUAAAAGAGAAGACUGGAUCACUGCAAUGCAGUUCACUUUGAACUUUCCAUUCCUGAUGGAUUUAAAGGUUUCUGCCAUGUGUAUAAAACUAAAUUUCUUUUAGUUAGCAAGGUUAGUAGAAGAGUCCCUUCCUCCCACCUGCUUUUCUGUUGUCACCAGAGUGUUCAAAAAUAAUGAGCUAAUGCAGCUACGUUCGUUUUGUUGAUGAUUCAGGGGGAUCCUGGAGUUUCUCAUCCAAGAUCCAGAAGGCAGCAACUUUAAACUCUACAUAUGCUUUGGUUUGCGACCUGAGCAUUGUGGGAUUUGUGUUUGCACUCAAGUGGCAGAAUCCCUUAUCUCUCCCCCCACCGCCAUGGUUUUGCUGUUCAUCUCUAAAUCUCCACCUUCCUGUUUUACUGAAUAUUUAAAACAAUUAUCCCAAAAACUUCAGAACUAGUGAACUGCAAGCAGGGAAACUAACAAAUGUCCGUCCACCGUUUCUAAUGUGUUUUUGAUUUUUUUAUGUUUUAUUUUUUUAAAACUAAGCUUGAACCAAAGUCAAUUUCUAGCAAGCUGCUGUACUAAUGGACUAGUUUGUAUAAGUGCAGUUCAGAUGCAGAGAGGCGAUAGAUGCUACUGACAAUUUCUUUUUCAUUUGUCUUUUGUUUUUAUUAAUUUUAUAUAAAAGUUGCUGCUUGUUUUUAAUCUUUUUUUUUUUUUUGGUUGGUAAUUUGUAUUAUCCUUGGGGCAGACUCUUAACUUGAUUUUAAUUUGUUGGUUUUUUUUUUGUUUGUUUGACGUGUAAAUAGAAUGGCAAUGUCAGGGGUUUGUUAAUCCAACAGGUCCCACCCUCAUCCCACCAGUAUGGAUAAAUCUAAAUAUUUUUGAUGUGUCUGAUGUCUUUAUGACUUCAGGCUGCACAGAAGACUUUUAGGGCUAUGAAUAAUACUGCAUAAAUGUAAAUUUCCCACAGUAAUAGCUUCAGAGCAGAAAAAGGUAAGCUGGGUGAGCUUCAGGGAGGUAGGGAAGAAGUGGAAGAGGAGAUGCUGGUACCCACUAUACUGGUCUGGAGGCCAUAGCGUGGGCUAGUUUCUACCAAAGGAAUGCAAGCCCCAUGGGGCUUGAGUUCAGUGAAGUAAGAGGAUGGGGAAGACUGCAGCUAUAGACGUUCAUUCCUGAGUCUGAAAGUUCCCACUUACUUUCACACCUGUGCAAAAAUAGGAUUUAUCAGGAAGCUUUUUUUGUUAAAGAGAGAUACUGUCGGUCUUUUCUCCGAUGUAUCUUCUAUUCCCUAGUGAUUUUGUGGCAGGGUGGGGGCACGGCCCUUGCAUAUAUCUAGGAAACUCAAAGAAGGGUGGGCCUUAAUCAGCAUGAAAUCCUCUCUCCACAGUUCAGAGAGACUGUGCCAUUAGCUGUCUGAAUGAGUUUUCAUGUCCCAUUCUUGCUGGUUUGUGGUUGGGAGAGGGUCUUGUUGAGUACAUAUCUGGAACACUAAUGCAGCUUGGAUGGAUUAUUUAUUAUAAAAAUCUGCUUUUUUUUCCUGACUACCUUUGCAUUGGUCACAUGGCUUUGGUGUGAGCACCUUAAUAUACCCCCUUGCCCUCCUCCUCUCUACCCCGUCACCCUCUCUGGGGCCCAGAUUCCAGGGAAUUUCUUAGCAAGUCUUUUUCUGAGAGAAACUGGAAACUCAGAAUAGCCACAUAUCUGGAAAGGGCUUCAUUUUGCUUGUGGAAGCUGACAUAAUACCCAGAUAGCACAUAUCCCCUGGCUUCAGUCACCAGCAUGCUUUGGUUAAACCCCAGUGCACUCUGGUUCAUUUUCCUAAAACAUCCCAGUGACUGACUUUUGAUCCUGGAGCCUGCUUCUCUUCCCUAGAAGUGCUUUGUCUCAUGGGUGCUGGCAACCUCCAGUCUUUGGGUGAAAGACAGAAAUCAGGUGUACGUCUCUGUCUGGUUAGGACAGGACGGAUACGCAGCUUCAGAGCAUGAAAGGAAUGUGAAUGAGAUCAAGUACUAGAAUUAAAGCUUCUUUUUAAAAUUGUAAUCAUGCUAACAGCAGAAAUUGAUGCAUCUGAAAAGAGAUUGUGACAAUUGUGUCAGACCUAGUAAAUAGGAUCUUUGUCUGAGUUUACCAGUGUUUAAAAUGGAGAAUUAUUGUCCCAGUAGACGGUUCAGGAAUGAGUCCAGGACUUGUGUUGUUGCAAACUGGCUGACAGUCACAGGGCAUACAUUUUGCAAAUGGAAUUGUUUUUUUGCUCCAGUGAGGCAAAGUAAUGUCUCUGAUUCCAGUAUCAGUGGGUUCAUAUGGUGAACAGAAGUGAUUUUCUAUUACGUGGUCACAGUCUUAAAUUCUUACCUCUGUUAGGGGAAGAUUUUCUUUGAGAAUGUUAGUUUCUAGGGAAGUUUUUUAGCUGCAUGCUGGUACCUUUGGUCCUGUAUUGCCUUGUCAGCCAGGAUCACAAGAAAUUUGAGAGUGUUAGAAAAGGAUUAUAGCAUCUCUCUUUCUGAGCUCCAUGCGUCCAUGUUUACAGGUGUGAGGGUUAUUUUUCAUAUUUGCAAUGCCAAAGGAUACAUGCAGGAAAAGGGAGGGUGAAAAACUCUCUCGUUUAUAGCCAAGGACCGUUAGCUCAAAAGGCGAGAGAUUUACAGAGCCACAGAUAUACCCUGGAGGUCUGGAAGAAAAAAACAGGCAACGGCUUCAGGGUGAGGUGUUGUAGGCUGGUGAUCAAUUUUUUCUGUUAGGAAAAUUUAUUCCAGUUUGUCUUCAGCGCAGUUGAACUUCUCAGAAGCUGCCCUCUGUAGUCACUGUAGAAUGACUGGUGAACAGAUCGUUAAAAGUACACAGAGAUACUGCUGCUUACAAGAGUCGUAUCUGUCUAAAUCUCCUUAAGAGGAUUUCUUUUGUUUCUGAGCUAUUAAUAUGCAUUUGACUGAGUAGAUUUUAAUUUUACCAUGUAGCUUUGAAGUGGUGUGUAUGUGCAUGCACUCAGAAAAAUUGCUGGGAUGAUAGCAUGCUUGUUACAUGCAGAAGCACCUGGUUUUUAAGGGAUUUUUAUUUUGUCCAGUCAAUUGGCUCGUGUCACUUCAACUCACUGUUUAGUUUUUCUUUGAGUAACUUGUGAUGACUCAUCAUUGCAGCACGACUUCUUCAGAUCCUCUGCUUCAGUAAAUAGUUGUCAAAAAUACAAGUUAAAUUGGAUUGAAAAAGUAAUUUUGCCAAGAAUGAGAAAUCUGUGCUCUGAUGAACCUUCAAGGAGAACAUACUUGAAAGUUAGUUGGAUCUCCAUGUAGGAGUGUGCUGCUGCUAUCGCUCAGCGGUUGUCUGAGUGCUACUGAGGUUUGCCUUGCAAGAGAAAAUUAAAAUGCCAGAACAUUAGGAGGAAGACAUGCUUUCUGAUGGCUUGAAUUAUGGACCUUUUAGAACAUCAGCAGCUUCAAGUUUGCAUUUUGUCUUGAAAUGAACAGGUUGGCAAGGAUUUUCAGCAAAAACAGUGUAGAUCCCGAAGUAGUUACAGGUUGUGAUUUGUUGCACCUUUUAGGGUUAACAAGUAGGAUGCCAACGCUGAGCAAAGUAGCUGUCUGCUGGUCAUAACACGCAACAGCAGAUGUUCUUGCAUAGUACGAUAGCUUUUCAUUUGGUUGAGAGCAAUCCCUUGCCUCUAUUUUACUCCUUUUCUUAAUUUAAUUUAAUUUUAAUUCCGUAGUGAGCAGUAGAUGUAGACAAAAAAUGAAUACAUCUGAUCUUCUAAAAAUCUUUUAGGAAAAUCAAGUUCCUUUAAAAACAAACAGAAACCAAAAAGCAAAAAAAUAAACACUUAUGCUCAGGGGGCAGUAAGAAAAUGGCUGUUACUGAAACGCAUUGGAGAAAAUUCUCCAUGUGCAUCCGUUGCAACGAUUUCUUUUAAAGUUUUUAUGCUUUUUUAUCUUCUCUUGCAACUACAUCCUGAUGUUUUAGUUUGUUCUAAUGUCUCCUCUGUAAGCCUUGCAGUUUGCUUUGGCUCAUCACCCAUUUCUCCAGCUGUUACUGCAGGAGACAGCAGUGUUAAUUCCUUAACUCUGUACAGGUUCCUAUGGAGCAGCUUUCUUUAAGCAGAAGUUCCCUCUUUCUUUAGUGUAAAAGGAGCACGGUAUCUGUUACAGCUGCAACCUUACCAUAGAUACUCAACCAAAGCAUCCGAUUUACCUUAAAUACCAAUUGAUACCUUAGAUAAAAUUUAACUUUAUGGUUCUUAGAGAGAUGAGUAGCUUCUUGUGGCCAUUAGGUUGUCUUGGGCCAGACAAAAUGGCCUGUCUGGCCCAAACGUUCAGUGAUACUUGGUUUUAAACCAGGAGUUGAAAACGUAGGUCAAUGUAUUGCCAGGUUAGCUGUAUUAAAGGUCACUAUUCUUAUUCUGCCUGAAACAGUUACAUGAUGUUUUUCCACAGGGCAUGGGUACGCCUGUUGGAUUCACAUCUGAAUAUUGGCGAGGGUGGAGUGUUACCAAAGGAGCAAGCUGACCUGCUGCUCCCCACUGGACUUCUGGUUGCCAAUCCUCACUUAGCCAACUCAGAAUAUUUGUAUUUUUGUAAAAAUACCUCUUCUUACUUCUCCCUCCCUUUCCAAAAUACUAUAGCAAUACAGGAUUCAAGAUAGAUAGUUGCAGAGGUUCUGCUCUUUUCAGUCGUUCGAUCCAACUCCUGUUGCUGCUUGUGAACCUCUCUCUUUAUCCAGCAUGGAAUCCGCUAGAACAGGUUUUUGACAGACUUUGUCAUAAAGGGUGCUGCAGCCCACACCUUUGGCUUUUGCUUUUAAUGAGAGUGGAGCUUAUGUAGAGAGAUGUCGCAGGGCUGCAGAAUCAUAUGCUCUGUAAAGCAACGCAGAGCUGGUAGUGGACUCGUGGCUUGCAGUUUCUUAAAAUGCUCGUAUCUUACAUGCUCCAAGCAGUACGGGGCUCCCUGCAUACCAGCAAAAGUCCUUCCAGUGCAUUUGGAACGACGAAAAAGAGGAGAUUCCUGUACUUACAUAUCUUUGCAGGCAAACUAACGCAUGAGACAGUGCUUGGUCUUCUUUCAGCAUACGUAUCUUCAUCCAACCUUUGCUCUCCCGCUUCUCCUAGUAGGCUCUGAGCGGGUAUCUGCUCACAGCUGUUGCUCCCUGGGAUGCUGUUAGCAGGGUGUUAGGAAGAUUGCACUGGACUUACAAAUAGUUUUACCGUAGGAGAAGGGAAGAGACACCUUUUAGUGGAGUAAACAGAUACGGUCAGGAUGUAUCAGGUACUUUUUUCUGACCAAGUUCCCAUUAACAGAGCAACCUCUGGGGCUGCUUUCUGUUCGGUCUGCGCUGCUAAGAACCAUCCUGCAUUGGAAAAAUCUGGGCCCCUUCCCGUCCCCCCCCUUCCCUUCUCCUUCCUCCCCCGUCUGCCCUCUGUGGAAGGUAGCACCAUACAGCUCUGAGAACAAUACGCGUGGGUAGCAGCUGGCUUCUGGCACCUUCAUAAAAUACCUCAGCAUAGCUUAGCAUUGUCGCAGAACUGGUUUUAAACUGAAAAAUCAGAAGAGAAAAGCAAACUUUAUAAAUAGUGGAGAUAAUUUUAGCUGUAGAGUUUAGUUGAACUGAUGUUUAUUAUGAUUGAUAAACAUGAUUAUGCUGUAUGUAUUUGAGAUCCUGUUUAUAGGUUACAACUUUAUAGGGUCGGGUGGGUGCGGGUGGAUGUCGGGGCAGAGCGGGGGGUUGACUGUGUUAGAAGGAAAAUGUUUGCUCAUGAAUUCUUUUCCUUGUAUCUGUCUUGCCAAAGGAAACAUUUUGUCGCUCCUGGGUUUGGGAUUGUUGUUUGGUUGGUUUAUCUGUGGUCUAAUCUGCAGCACGGCACGUGGUGGCAUGCAGGUUACUGGUUGGGUUGCUGUUCAGGGUCCUUUCGAGUGUGCGCACACUUCCCUCCCUCUUGGCCUUCCCUCACCCUUCGCUGGGAUCUAAAGAUUAGGCAAUGUGUGUUUGGGAGGCUCGGGGGAAAGAAGAUGGCUGUACUGGGUUAGACCCGACCCAGGUGUAAAUCCGUUUCAGUUAGUUGAGUUGCACCAGAGCUGAAUUGGGUCCAUUGUGUUUAACUCCUGGGAGGGCGAAGAAUGGUUGUCGCAUCUUAAUCUAUCUGGGAGAGCAAAAGUGAAACAGGUUCCUUUUUAUCCCCCGUGUCUUGUUACUGAAUGUAGGGCUUGUAGUGCUUGAGAAUAGGUGGAAAAGUUUUUAAACACUUCCUUUUCUAAUAGCAAUGCUAAUCCUGUCUAGACCAAAAACUAUGAAAGAAAAACCAAACUGAGAAGUGAAAGCUAACCUACUCCUGACACCUGGCUGGUGUGCCUGAACGGGUUGAAAUACUGUGAGACUGUCCUAGGAGAGGAGCUCUGAGGGUUGUUUGGAGAGGGAGUGGGUCGUUCUCCAGCGUGUCUUGGCGUUGUAGUGGGAGCAGCAGAAGAGCGAGUGCUGCUGCCUCGGCAGGGCUUGGUGGCCCCGCCGUCCAGACCCCAGGGCUCCCUUCUCAUUUCCCUUCAAGGCUUAUGGCACAGGGGAGAGGGGGGUGUGUGUCCGUGUGCGUGUGUGCGUGCAAGUGCGUGUGUGUGGCAGCGUGCGUGCCCCUGUGUGGCGAUGUAGAGAGGAGCUUGACUCCGCUGGGGUGGGAGAAUUCCCAGUGGCCUCGUAGGGAACCAAAGGCACUGAUAACGUUGUCAGCUCUGCUGUUUUCAGAGCGGGUAAGAGGAAAAGCUGGGUGGUUUGUUGUUUUGUUUUGUUUCGUUUCGUUUUUUUGAGCUUUGGGUCAGUGUCCCUUUCUGUAAGGACCUCAUCUCUUGUGGGUACUCCCACCUUUUCUGCAUAGAGUUGCUUUGGCUCUGUGAAGACAAACUGCGUGUGGGGCUUGCCCAGUGCUGCAGGUCUUAGGCUGAUGUUGGGAUACAGUCAGGGAAAACUGUUUCUUUCCUUCGUGUGUGGAAGCAGUGUAGUCCGAGGUCAGAGUCUGUUCAACAGCUUUUGCAAAGGGUCCUCCCCUUAACAGGGAGGGCCUCGAAGACUCCUUUCUUUGCUCCCCAAAGUAGCCUUGUACAUGUUCAUGUAUCGUGCUAUUGGGCUGAGUUGUUUUAUCAGUGAACUUGGUGAGCUCUUGUGAAGAAAGGGAGGGAGGAAGGGGGAGAGGCGGAUUGUCCAGCUACUCUUCCUCCGGACACCAAUCGGGUUGCAGAACUUCACUGAAAGCUUUACUAAUAGAAUUGUUGUUCUGACAUUAUGUAAAAGUGGUAUUAAUAUUGUGUGACUUUUCAAAGAGCUAGUUAGAUUUAUAGGUAGGUAAUAGGGAUAUUGAAGAAAUGACUUCUCAAAGAAAAGAGCACUUGGAACAAAAGAAGUGGAAAACAAGGUGUGCUUUAUGGAAAACAAAUCUGAGGAAGGAAAUGAAACAGCUUGUGGGAGGCGAGGGAAGAUGAGACCCUUUGGCGUUCUGGGGGCUCAGCCCCAGAACUGGAACAUCCCCCCUCUGCCUUAUCUUAUCUCUCUACCAAACAGGACAUUGUCAAGUAGCUCAGACCAAAAUAUGCUGAUCUGUCUUAAAACUGUUCCAGUCUGCUGGUGGGUAUCUUCCUGCAGACCUUUACAUAAAAUCAUGAAAUGCUUGAUUUAUCAAGGUAGCUUCCCCUUUCCUCCCAAAAUUCUCUCAUCUAUAGUAGGCCCCACUUCAGGAUUCAUAUUGCCUUUGCUGAAUUUUGUAGCAGCAGCUACUCUAAACCCUAUUCUCUGAAUGUGAUAACGUUGAGUGCGGAUGAAGCUGGCAUGUUGUGGUGCUAUAGAAAUCUAAAAUUAUCGAGCAGUAGGAAUCCUAAGACAUUGGAAACCGUGUGCCAAGGGGCAAGCAGUGGCGAUCCCACAGCUCCCUUGAGAAAUAAUCAAGGAUGAGAGCACCAAUGACAGUGUCCUGAGAACAAGGCAGUUGAGACAAAACCUUGAGUUCUUCCCCCAUCCACUCUCCACGUGUCGGCCUCAGUGAUCCUGGUGCUGCCUGCACCGAGCGAGUCCGAGGGAGCGACGCCGCAAGGAAGAGGCGGCGUUGGGCUCCGCUCCCUGUGAGUUCACAGGGUGCUGGACCGGGCCUUCCUUCGAAACAGGGAAGGGUAGGAAGGGAUGGCUGCAGAGCUGCCCGCGGGGGCUUCGAAGGGGGCUGGGGCCGCUCUGGCCCCCGCCUUGUGUGCCAGCGGCCGUGGGGAGCACCCACGCGGUAGCUUCUUCGUCCCCGCCAGCGCCGUUGUUCCAUUUCCUUCCUCUGUGGUAGUGUCUAAGGCUAGGUGUGAGUAGGUGUGGGGUGUUUAUCCGCCACAGGUACAGGAGCUGUCGUAUACCUCAUUUCUAACUCGUAACCGAGUAACUUGCUUUAACUUUCUCCAAACCCUACAGAGUUGCCAAGUCUGCCCUCCCUCCUCUGACGAACACUGAACUCUGGCCUAUAGCACCCCGUGACCUGCAGCCCGGGGAGCGACCCCCUUACGCCUCUGAAUGUCGCUGCUUAAAAGCUACUGCAAAGUGAGGGCAAAUUGCAAUCGUAUCUUAUUUCCUUUGGUUACAAGGGGUCCUCUUGAUCAGUCUGUGAAUAUCCGCCCCCCUCCCCAGCCCGCGGGACAGGGCUGCGCUGCCCUUCCCCAGCCCGCAGGCAGCCCCCCAGCCCCCCGCUGCAGACACGCUACUCGCUUUCCGACACGACCAAAAAAACCCCGAACCCAAGAAAAAUCUCCAAAUAUUUAAUUUUCUUCUUUAUUAUUUGACAAUCCUGUAUCCCUUCCCCGCUGCCCAGCCUGGCCAGAAGCUGCCUCCUGAACCCGUUCCAUCUUUAUUUGAAUGUAGUUCCCCUGCCCCCUGGGAGAGAGAAGCUUUGUCAGGUCACGGUGGCUGCUAUAAGUCGGGAGGGGGCGGUUUCUUUGUUUUGUUUUGUUCUUUUAAAAUUUCCAGCCAAAACCAAAGAUUUCCUAAUGAUUGUAUAAACUCAAAACAAACAAACAAACCAAAGACAAAGGGCGUCUUCAGCACCAAGCCCACCUGCGAGGCCGGCUGGUCGCUGGGGGGCACCUCCCGAGGCCUCGCUGGGAGGGGGCUUCGCAGGUGGGUUGAGGAGCUGAAGGCUUGGGUGCAGGAUUGGCUGCUCUGCUGGGUGCUUUAACCCUCUGGGGGCUGGGUGACGUUGAUUAAUACACGCUGAGGUGCACUUCUGAGCUUCCCCCCUCCCCCCGUCACUGCUUGGAAGAGGCUGUCCUGUUGUGAGAAAUCCCUGAAAGAAGAAGAAGAAGCUUUUCGUUUUCUCCUCUAGCUCCUUUUUUCUAGAUUUCUUUUAUUUUUGCAGCACCACUGUGCAACUAUGCAUUGUAUUUCUCAACCUUUUAUGCUAGGUAGAUGCCUGUGACUUUUUAACUUUUUGGGGGGGGUUGCAAAUGGAGGAACUUUUUACAUGGAUCUUUUUAAUCUCAGUUGAUUGGGGGGUGUUUGGUUCUAGGGUCAUACAAGCUCUAUCCCAAAGCAAAAUCCAAAUGUUAAUAUUAUUAGCCUGAUGCAGAUACCAAAGAUAAUUUCUUUCCUGCAGAACCUUAGACUUGUGUAUUAAGUACGAUUACCCAGCACUUGCAUUAGUCUAACCUCAGUAAUUCCAAAGCUUAGAUGUAUAUUUUGGUAUAUUUCUGGGAUAUUAAAAAAUUGUCGUUUAAAUUCUUGUUUGUUUCAGUGUAAUGCUCUUAAAGUCAUAGCAUGGAGAUAACUGAACUUGUCCUAUUCUUAGUAGUUUGAAAUAAUAGUAUUUUUGUAUGUUUUGGGUGUGUCUAUGUAUGUAUUAACAUAACGGUUUUCACUGCCUAGGUGUUCAUAAAUAAUAAAAGAAAAAACUAAGGGUUUUUAAACUGUACAUAAUAUUCCAUGAAGAAUUUCCACCAGACCGCCAAUUCGGAUUGCAUUUUCACUGACGGCCGCUCCCAACUGGGAUUCUUUCUUUCUUUUUAAAGAGACAGCAUAUUCUUUUAAUUAUUUUCCCAUGGACCUGAGGUUCUUUCUCAGAGUAAACGGUUCUUCAGUGUUUUUAAGGGAUGGGCCAAAGAGCAAGUAGCUUAAAUUUUGUUUUUUAAAAAAAAAUAUUGAAUGCGUUAGUUUGAAAACUAACCCUCUGUAUGAAGAAUUGGGAGUCGAAGAACAAGCCCUCUCCUCUAAAUCUGGCAGUAGUUUUCAGAGAGACGAUUUGAGAAUGACUGUAGCGUCUGGGCAGUCCCUUUUUGCUUUUUUUUCGAACUGAGACAUUUUCAGUCUUGUGUAACUACUCUGUGCAACCGCCUGCUUACUCUGGCUUGGAGUUUUUCCUCUUGCCCUUCCUCAUGUACUGCAUUUGUACCUUCAGGUCAGCAGAACACUUGAAAUUGAGGGCCAUGUGGGAGCACCCAUACCCAAACGCAACCCAAGCUUUUCUUGAGACUGAAAUGUGAGAGUCCCGCACAUUUCAAAACCUUGCUGAUCACACUAGGGGUGAGGAGGAAGGUGAAAUGCUGUCUCUUUAAAGAUGUCCUUUAUUAUUAUUAUUAUUAUUAUUUUCCCAGUGGUUGCCUGCAGAUAGCUGUAGGCAUUGAGAGAUUGUGUAGAUUACAGUAAAUCAGAAUGAAAAGGUAGAUUUUGUGUAGAUGCAUUUGUCUGCUGUAAUUUUUUAUAUAUAUUAAACUUACUGUAAUUGUACAGUUCAUUUCUGUUGUAAACAUCAUUAAACCAUUUUCCAAGUGUUUUAACAUGUA